AUGGCUAUGUACUCCACACAGACGCCAUCGUACCCCACAGGCGUAAACAAUCCUCCGCACCCUCACCAACAGUACUAUCAGCAGAGCAUGCCCGGCCCGUCGACCUACCCCGGGGCCGCCCAUGCUCAACCCCAACAUCCUCAACAUCCUCAGCAACAGGCGUACGCACAGCCUCAGCAGCAGCAGCAGUGGUACGGUCAGCAGCAGCACCAGCAGCCGCAACAACAUCCUCAGGCUCCACCUCCACAGCAGCCGCCGCAACCGUAUCAGCAACCGCCACCGCAAUCUGCACCUCAGCCUGGAUACCACCAGCAGUCGUUUGGUCAGCAGCCUCAGCCCCCGCAACAACCCUACGCUCAGCACUCGUUCGGGCAGCAGGCUUACCCGCAACAGACCUAUGGCUCGUACGGCCAACUGUCCCAGCAGUCUCAUCACUCUCAGCCCUCGCCGCACUCGUCAUACCACUCGCACCCGUCACCACACCAGUCCUAUGGCCAGCACCCGACGCCUCAGCAGUACGCUCCUCAGCAGCAGUACCCGCAGCAGUCGCUCCCGCAGACGCACCGUGGGGCUCAACAGGCUUACCAGCAGUCGUACGCUGCCCAGCCGUACCUCGAGCAGCAGACCCCACCCCGCCCCCUUGCCCGCUCCGACACCGUCGCCAUUCCGUCUCCCCAGCGCAAGACAGACUAUCAGGCUCCUGCGUUCAAGACAUUCCAGGAGCGCAAGCGAGAACGCGAAGCUGCUUUACGCGCAGCUGCAACAGCGUCCGCGGCGUCAACCCCGACACCGUCCACGCCGACACCACCCCCUGCAGCUCAAACGGCGACAAGCUCCCCCGCGCAACCCAAUGGACAGUCGCCCGCGCCUAGCCAGCCAAACCUCCCGCCGCACGUCUUGGCCAUGAUGGGCGCUCCCGGAAGCGGGCGACCUGUACCGCUCCCCCGAGCGAACGGCUCUCCUGCGCCUCCACAGCGCAACCAGCCAGCACCACCGCAACGAUCGGCGCCGCCUCAGCCUCCUCAGUCUCCCCAGCGUAGCGCUUCACCCCAGCCCCCGCCGCGCUCGGUUUCGCCUCAGCCACCUCAGCGUAACCCUUCGCCAAGUCCCGCCCACCCCUCGCUCGCCAACUUCAAGCAGCCUCCUGCGUCUACGUCGAAGUUUGCGCCUCCCCCCGCCCCUCCUUCUUGGAUGACCGGCGGGAGUGACAGUGCCCCAAAGACUGAGGGUAGUGACUCUCGGUCGUCGUCGCCCACGAGGGAGCCCCUACCGCGUGCAUCGGAGGUGCCCAAGUCUCCUCAGCCGACGCGGAUGGGUCUGCAGAAUGGCAGCGGCGGCCGUGCGCUACCUACGCCCGCCGGCGCUCCCAGCGACGCUCCGACACCGUCGGCGUACCAGUUGAUGCGCUCGGGUGGCUUCCCCUCUAACAUUCCUCGCAACCGCGCUGUCGAGGAGCUGUUGCAGCGCUCAGACACCGUUGCCUCCGUUAAGUCGCUCGACCGCGGCAACUUUGGUCCCGGCAAACGAGUCCUCCCUAGCCCUCCUGUCGGCGUCUCGGCAAGCCAGAGUCUGGACCGUGGUGCAAUGUCGGCUGCGGCAGGGAUCCGGCGCUCGAACGGUCGCAAGUCGCCGUCCUCUCCUAUAGCGGAGGAGGGGCCGGAUGAUCUCGCCCAGCAGAUGGCAGGCAUGAGUGUAGGUUCAGGUUCGCGAAGCCCGACGUCCAACGGGUCUAACUCUCCGCGUACGCCUAUGACGCCUGUCGGUUUCCCUCAGGCGCCCACGAUUGUGACUCCCGACAUCCCAGUCAUUAGCGUGGGCGAGGCCACACCGAAGGUGCCGCAAAUCAACAUUGGCUCACCUCCUCGAUCGCGGUCGCCUGCGCCAUCUGUCCCGCAGAUCAACAUUGGCUCUCCGCCAAAGUCGCCUCGCUCCGUGCCCGCCGUUCCGACCAUUUCGGUCGGAUCGCCGCCGAAGCCUCCUCCGCGCAGCGUGCCCUCCAUCAACGUUGGUGCACCUCAAGUACCGUCUAUCAAUGUCGGAUCGCCACCCAAGGCGCCCUCGAUUCGUGUUGCCUCGCCUGUGAACGAUGACCCCCAGCCGCCGAGCAUUGUUGUUCCUCCUCCGGGCAUCUCGAUCGGCUCUGCGCCGUCGAGCCCCCGCGCUGAGCGUCCCGCCUCGCCGUCCGGGUUCGAAUUCAGUGGUCAGCCGACGAUCGCGGUCGAGUCGAGUGACACGCGUGCCUCCGCUGGGCCAACCCGCGUACACGCGAGCAGCGCAAUCGUGUGCGCCGGGUGCAACGAGGCGAUCAUCGGCCGCAUUGUUUCGGCGAUGGGGAAGCGCUUCCACCCGCAGUGCUUCCAGUGCGGUGUCUGCGGCGAGCACCUGGAGCACGUGUCGGCGUACGAGCACGACGGGCAGCCCUACUGCCACCUGGACUACCACGAGCGCUUCGCGCCCAAGUGUCACCACUGCCGGACACCGAUCGUGGACCCGCGCUUCAUCACGCUGAACGACGAGGAGCUGGGCCAGCGGUUUUACCACGAGCUGCACUUCUUCUGUUCCGAGUGCGGCGACCCGUUCCUCGACCCCUCGAAGAGCAGUGCUCCCGGAACACAGCGCUCGGAAGCGGCCCGUCGGGGUAUCGAGGAGGAGGAUGAGGUGGACGAGACAAACGACUUUGUCAUCCACAAGGGCCACCCGUACUGCGAACGCUGCCAUCUCAAGCUCCACAAGCCCAAGUGCAAGGCGUGCCGCCAGCCCAUCCCCGAUAUCGCAGUCGGAGCACUCGGCGGCAAGUGGCACAGGGAAUGCUUUGUUUGCGAGCAGUGCCGGAGCCCGUUCGCGAACAACCUCUUCUUCCCGCUUGAGAACAAGGCGUACUGCGUCGAGUGUUUUGAGGGAAUGCAGUAG